GCGUCGCUCCCGGUGACGCCACGUCCGGCGCGCUGCCUUCCGACACGCCAUUUUCGGCUCCCAGCUGGUCUGGGGAGGGGAGGCAGUGGGGGGAAGCGUAACGUGGGGUCUCCGGCUCGUCUGCUGCGAACAGUGAGCUAGCUGUCUCCGCGUGGGCUCCCUGGCCCGGGCUCCGAAUUAUUACUCUUUGCUACCAAUAAGCAUUCGUCUCCCCUCUCCUUCACGCCCUGCGCUUUUUCAUGUUUUGAUGCGGUGUAUGAAGUUAAUGUCAGAACCGUAGCUGUGUCAGCGUGUUAUGAUGCCGUCUCGUACCAACCUGGCUACUGGAAUCCCCAGUAGUAAAGUGAAAUACUCAAGGCUAUCCAGUACAGACGAUGGCUACAUUGACCUUCAGUUUAAGAAAAGCCCUCCUAAGAUUCCAUAUAAGGCCAUUGCACUUGCUACGGUUCUGUUUUUGAUUGGCGCCUUCCUCAUUAUCAUAGGCUCCCUCCUGCUGGCAGGCUAUAUCAGCAAAGGGGGGGCAGACCGGGCCGUUCCCGUCCUGAUCAUUGGCAUCCUGGUGUUCCUGCCAGGAUUUUACCACCUGCGCAUCGCCUACUAUGCAUCCAAAGGCUACCGGGGAUACUCCUACGAUGACAUUCCAGACUUUGAUGACUAGCACACAUCUCAGCCCUGAAGAAAGAAGUCACAGAUGGGACUGAGCCCAGCUUUAAGACAUUGAGCAGAUACUAUGGCUAAGGGCUAAGGAGUUCUGCGAUUUGCAGAUGUUUAACAAAACACUGGCCAGAUUUUAUGGGUCCAUCCUAAAGAUGUUAACUGAGCUUACAACUAUCCAUGUCAUCAGGACAGUCUCUAUUUUUCAUCUCCUGGCCCUGGCAAAAGCUCCUGACAAGUUUUUCCACAUGAAUAUGUAUCAUGAAAAGUAGCAAUGU